AUGGACGGCGAGUGGGAUUUGCAUGCGGUGGUGAGGAGCUGCGCCACCACAACCACGGCAGACGUGAAGAAUACCACCGUCGAGGAUUACGAUGAUGGUUCUUAUAACUUGGAAAGUUUAGCUUCUGGGAACGAGGAAAGAAACACUUUUGUAUAUCCGAGUUUUGCUAACGUUUCCGGAGGAUUGGAGGAUGUUUACAAGGCAGGGUGUGGUCAGCCGGCCGGCGCAACACCGGCGACCUCCGCAGCCAUUGAUCUCGAUAUUGUAGAAGGAUUUGUUCACGAACAACUCCCGAUGUUGACAGAUUCUCAUUCCUUUUCCAUGCACACCAUGAGUUCUCAGUCCACGCGCACCCGAAAAAGGAAGAACCAGGAGAAGAGGGUGUUUCAAUUGACGCAAGAGGAGUUGAGCAAUGAUGUGUGGGCAUGGAGGAAAUAUGGUCAAAAGCCCAUCAAAGGCUCCCCCUUUCCCAGAAAUUAUUACAGGUGUAGCACAACGAAAGCCUGUGGGGCAAAGAAACAAGUGGAACGGAGCCCUGUGGACGCAACCAUCUUUAUAGUUUCAUACUCCGGCGAACACAUUCACCCUAGACCCACUCACCGGAGUUCUCUCGCCGGCAGUACCAGGAGCAACAAAUUCAAUACAGACAAACCGCCUGUCUCUGGCAACACUUCCUCAGCUGUUCUUGAACACCCUCCCUGCUCUUCCUCUUCUACGGCGUAUGCUUCAAACUUUUCUCCUACAACGUCUUCUAAGGAAGAUGAAUGUGAAAUCAACGAGGAAGACGAAUACGACGAAGACAUCCUCAUUCCGAAUACUGUUAUGAAUGACGAAAUAUUAAAAAGGUUCCGAGAUCUGAGCGGCGGCGGCGGUAGCAGUGGUGGUGGUGGUAACUUUUAA